AUGUUGUUCCAGCGCAUAAAGUGUUCCCGGGACCAGGUAUAUAUAUUCCGGGACCGGACUAGCCGUCCGAGCGUGGCAUACCGGGUAUGGCAGCCGUUUAGGGUCCUGUCCGGAGUAGUUUACCGCGGAACCAGUAACGGUAUUUAUCUGGGAAUGGAUCCAGCAGGCCCAGCCGGGGAAGGAUCCCAUUACAUCUAUGUCCGUGGGAGCGAGGAGGAACCGUCGAUUCCCGUCCACACAGAGCAGGUCGACCAGGCGAUCCAGCAGAUCACCGAGGCAUGGGAGGUGAUGAAGAUCCAGACCGGUGCGACCGGGGCUGGAGAGAUCCACGACGCCAACCCGUGGUUGCGGAUGACGGGGUGGACCCAGUAUUUACAGGAGUUUACCACGCCCAGCGAUUACGACGCAUUGUAUGCCAUGGUCGCCCCCGUUGCCAGACGCCGAUGGUCCCGUGGAGCAGGGCGUGCAGCGGAUAUGGAAAGCCAUGGAGGGAGUGGUACGCAAGAGCCAGUGGACGGUGCAACAUACCGGUCAAGCGAUCCGGAUCGAAGCGGUGCGAUCCGAGAAAGGGCAGACCCCAUAUCGCCCGUUGCAGGUGUAUAUGGAUGCAGACAGCGUGGCCAAGCAUGUACAGCCAUGGCAGCAGAUAUUAGCGUUCAUCGCACGCACGCAGGCCCCACACCCAGAAAAGCGUCCACCGUACGGAAUGACCCCACGGCAGCGGAAAAAUGGCGGCAGCUAUGGCAGAUGGCCAGCCAGAUCAGCAGUCCCAAUUCCAUCGACGAGGCGGAUUCCACAGACGAGAGGGAUCCGGAGCGUGCACAGUGGAUGAUGAGUGACAUCGAACGGGCGUGUUUGGAGUGUUGUAUUAAGCUAAUGAACCAGACAUACCAUGCGCAGGAGUACGAGAGUGUGUUGAUAUGCGCGAUGGCGGUAUUAGGCCGUGGGGAGUUUGGAUGGCAGGAUGCCGAGAGUUAUCCGCCGAUUUUGUCGCGGGUGAUCAAGAUCGCCCGGUUCAUGAUUGUCCAGAAGGCAUUGUGGUUGGAUCCCGAUGUGAUGCAGAUUAUCGAGACAUGGCAGAAACCGCAGAACUGUGCCGAGUGGACAUUACGCAGUGCCGCAGCCGUGGAUAAUAUUGAGACCAAUUCCGUAUACGGCAGCGAGGUGGAGGGGCCCCCAUCGUCCCCGCCAACAUCGCCCAUGCGCAGUGGGGACCCCCAAUCCCGGAUUAAUAUCAGCCAGCGUGAUCCAUCCCGGAAAACGUUUCAGGAGCAGGUAACAUGGAUGGUUAGCCAGCUCAUGGUCCGGGGCACGCAUAUCCCAAUGGAGACAUUGCAGGACUGGCGCACAUACGGGUUAAAGAUCUAUUACAACACCACGGCCCCGGGGCAUGUCACAUGGAUGCAGCCAGAUCGGUUGCUGUAUAAGCACCUGCAGUUCACCAUGGGCGAUUUCCGGGGUUUGUGCACGGAUUGA